UCCACCGAACACCUGCCGAUUUUUUGUUUACAUAUUUCAAACGGAAAUUUAUGAAUGAAAUUCAUUGUUUUAAUGUAAUCGGUCAAUGCAAAUCGGAUGAAGAUUUAUUGAUAAGUGAUAUUGUGUAUGGUUUCGUGAUAUUUUACUGGAUUCACUCGUGUUUUAAGCGCAAUGGAUUCCAUAAACAACAACCAGUUUGAGGUAAUACCCAACAACAAAGCGAAACGCAAGCUCACAACACCCAGCAACAAUGUGUACCUCAACCCGGCACUCGACCUCCUCGCUAACGACGACCCCAUGUGCAACACCGCCAUGGAAAUCGUCCCAAAGAAACGAAAGAGAACCAAAAGCUGUGACAUCACUGCUUUUGAAAACACUGCGCUAGAUUUGGGUAUCAGUAAGGCAGCGGUGAAUGAAUUCUUGGCCCGAGAACUGCAGAAUGUGAAGAGAAACACUAGGAAUUAUGAUGUUUGUAGAUUAGGAUCUGUUGAAGAACCAAUCUAUGCUAAUAUGAGUGAAAUAAAUAUGCCGCAGAACUUGAAAAAGACAUUUACGCUUGAAACUUUAAAUGCACCGCAGAGAUUACAUGGUAGUCUUAAUGAUGACACUUUGAUGAAUGUCACUAAUGUACAAAGUAAUUUCAGUCGUUUUCCAUCCAAUCUAGAAGUCACAGUUACCAAUGAGAUGUCACAUAUAUCACCGAAGUUUACUAAUGGGAUAUUGAACAUCGCUCAAGAUGAAACCUUAAGUGCUCCUUAUUCCACGUCUACCAAUGAAGUUAAGCCAAAGAUAUUAGAAACAACUUUUAACAAAGAAUCAUUCUUAAAUGUGCAACCAAAUUUACAAGACACUGAUGAAACUUUAGAUAUAUCUGAAAUUAAAAAUGAUGUGUUUGAUUCUGGUGUUUCUGACAUGGAGCAUAAACCAUUAAACGCUAUAAAUAGUGAAAUCCAAGAUAUAUCAUCCAUCAUAUCAUAG